GUGGGUCCCACUGGAAACCCCAUCCCCGUCCCGUUACUUUACCUUGACAUAAAAUUAAUAGAUUUACACACCCACCAACAACACCUCCAGUCCACAAACAGCAUUGAGCGAAUUCUGCAGAUAAAAUUUCAAAACCCGAAAACACUACUACAAUUGAAAUAGACCGGGGACUCAGAAAAAAAGUAGCUUUGAGAAAAAGAGAGAGAUCAGAUGGCAGCAAUAACAAGCGCAUUGAUAGCAAUAGCAGGAGUGGUGCUGGGUUGGAUCGCCAUCGAGAUCGCUUGCAAGCCUUGCCUAGAACAAGGCCGCGAAGCCAUCGAUCGCUCCCUCAAUCCCGACUACGAUCCAGAUGACGCCGUUUCCAACAACAACAACAACAACAUUCGCGCCCCUCUUAUCACCUCUGAAUCUGAUGAUCCUGUUGUUGUUACUUCUUCCACCACUUCCUACGAUUCUUCUGUCAAGCCCAUCUGAAUUCUCACUCUCACUUACUCACUGCCCCGCUUAUUCCCUGGUAUUUACAAUAUCCCCCCUUAUAUUUUUUGGGUUUUUUUAGUUGUUGUUUGUGUUAAUGGUGGAAAUGAAAUGAAAAGCUUUUGUGAGUUCGGAUUUGUUAAUGACAUGAAUUUGUGACUUUUGUUCUUUGUUGUCGUUGUUUUGGAUCGGAUCACAGUUUAUUAUACAUUUUUUCCUUGUUCUGGCGGUU